CCGCUCGAUACCUCUCCCCUGCAACGGCCUUCCCAAUUGUCCAGUCGCAAUUGGAUACUGCUGACCAUGCGACUUCGUUACCUGAGAUAGAACACCGUCCGCUACAGGUUCAUCUAACCUUCUACUUACGAACUGCUCCACCCGCCCUCUGCCUCUCCACAUACACCUGCACAGGAAGCUCUAGAAGCACCAAUAAGACGCCAAAAUGGUCAAAUUCUACUCUUCCAACGAAACUUACUCAUAUCCUUUCUCCGCAGUUUCCCUUGCUUACUUCCUGCGCUAUCCAAACCCUUACUCCACUCACGUGCUCUCCACCGACACUAUCGCCCGCCACUAUGACCCCGAGACCCAGCGCCUGACUACCAUACGGCUACACCUUAAGCGCUCCAAACUUCCCUCUGCUGUGCUCAAGCUCGUCCCUCGGUCUCUGCUUGGUGCAUCGGCCGGCGGCGAAUCGCAGACUUACAUUCUUGAGAAAUCGGUUGUGGAUAUCAAGGAGGGAUGGAUGGACACUGAGUCCCGCAACCUGGAGUGGACAGGAGUUCUAUCCGUCAUUGAAAGGCAGAAGUUCACUCGCCCUUCUUUGCUCGCGUCUGACCAUGCGAGAGUUCGGCAGGGCUCGGAAAGCCCCGCUCUACGCCACGGCUUCAUCAACUUCAACAACAAGGGCAAUGGCGUCAAGGUGGAAGACAAUGUCGAGACAACAGAUGUGACAAGCUCGGUUACGCUGCACAGUCAUAUUGGCGAGGCGUGGAAGAAGAAGCGCGAGGCUGCUAGAGAGGGUUUUGUGGAAGAGGAACAACCUCAAAAGAUGGGUCUUUUGCGAAGCUGGGGCACCGCGGCUCUACAACGCAACAUUGAAAAGAUUGGUCUCUCGCGCGCGCAGCGAAGUCAGCCAAACGCGCGUGAGGGCAUGAAGGUAGUGCUCGAACGCAUGCGCGAAGGCGGCCUGGUCGGCGUACUCGAGGGCAUGCGACGGGAUCGGGAAGCGAUCAUGGCAGGGCAGCCAUUAACCGCGCCGCGUGCAGCAGAGGCAGACGAAUAAAUUUGUCAACAUCACAAGGCAACGGUGUACGAAGUGAUUUUUGUGUGGAAAACAACGAUUUUAUGGUUUUGUAUGAAUAUCAAGCGACGGCGUAACGGUCUCUCCCCCUUUCUCCCUCUGCCAUUAUAUCUCUUCUCUCUCUGGUUUUGGGGCUGUUUUGGAUUUGAACUUUUGAUUCUGGUGGUGCUGAUUUGGUAUCGGCAGUCUUGGAACAUUUGACUUGAAGACGAUAAUGUCGGAUUGGUGGACGGUUUUGUAUUAAACAACAAUCAUUCACGGCCUUGGCUCUGUUGAAGUCGCGGUGGCGUGGGACGCAGACGUGUUAGCGUUGACGUUGCUACGCCGUGUAUUAAAAGCAUUUUCCCAGCGCCUUUUUUU